GAGGGGUGACACGGCAGGCCGGGGCGCAGAUACAUAGCGCCCACGAUGUGGCCACGUCUCGAGAACCGCCCUCGACCACAGGGCCAGGCAGCCGCGGGGAAUCCCUGGGGACUAGCGGUUUCCUCUACCUGACCGUUGGAUGGACUCGGUGGUUGAAACUUUUCUUGCCUCUCAGCCCGGGCCCGAGCCAUCCCCAACGGCCACGGAGGACUCAGAGGGAUCCCGGGCAGGAUGAGACAUCACCUAUCCCUCCUCCCGACGUCAGGCCAAUGACACCGCUGCCCCCAAACUUUCCGCCCGCACGGAGGUAUAAGAGCCGCCAAGCCCGCAGCCCGCGCCCAACUCUCAGACGCCUCGCGGGCUCGCUAGCACCGGCACCGGCUGCGCCACAGACCCGAUCGCGGCGCGCGUGCGGCCGUCGGGCGCCUUCUUUUUGGACCUCGGGGCCCUCCACACCGUCCCCUCCCCCGCCCGCCUCCCUCCCCGCCUCCAGCGCCCUCCCCGCGGAGGUCUCCCCCCACACACCCACCCCCAUCCCGCCUCCCUGCGUCCUCCGGGCCGCACCGCUCCGGCCGGCGCCGAGCGCGGGGAAGCUGGCGGGCUAGGGCGCCCCGCUCCCUCUGCUUUUCCCUUCCCCCGUCCCGGCUCCGCGAGGGAGGCCGCACGUCGCCGCCCGCGAGAUGAUGCAGGACGUGUCCAGCUCGCCAGUCUCGCCGGCCGAGGACAGCCUGAGCAACAGCGAGGAGGAGCCGGACCGGCAGCAGCCGGCGAGCGGCAAGCGCGGGGCUCGCAAGAGACGCAGCAGUCGGCGCAGCGCGGGCGGCAGCGCGGGGCCCGGCGGGGCCACGGGCGGGGGCAUCGGAGGCGGCGACGAGCCGGGCAGCCCGGCCCAGGGCAAGCGCGGCAAGAAGUCUGCGGGCGGAGGCGGCGGCGGCGGCGCGGGCGGAGGCGGCGGUGGCGGCGGCGGCGGCAGCAGCAGCGGGGGCGGGAGCCCGCAGUCGUACGAGGAGCUGCAGACGCAGCGGGUCAUGGCCAACGUGCGGGAGCGCCAGCGCACGCAGUCGCUGAACGAGGCGUUCGCCGCCCUGCGCAAGAUCAUCCCCACGCUGCCCUCGGACAAGCUGAGCAAGAUUCAGACCCUCAAACUGGCGGCCAGGUACAUCGACUUCCUGUACCAGGUCCUGCAGAGCGACGAGCUGGACUCCAAGAUGGCAAGCUGCAGCUAUGUGGCCCACGAGCGGCUCAGCUACGCCUUCUCCGUCUGGAGGAUGGAGGGGGCCUGGUCCAUGUCCGCGUCCCACUAGCAGGCGGAGCUCCCCACCCCCUCGGCAGGCCGGAGACCUAGAUGUCAUUGUUUCCAGAGAAGGAGAAAAUGGACAGUCUAGAGACUCUGGAGCUGGAUAACUAAAAAUAAAUCUAUAUGACAAAGAUUUUCUUGGAAAUUAGAAGAGCAGAGACCAAAUUCACAAGAAUCAGGGCGUGGGGCACACUUUUAAAAGAGAAAGCGAGACAGGCCCGUGGACAGAGAUUCCCAGAGGGGCAUCGGCACCACCCUCACACCUCUGCAUUCUGAUAGAAGUCUGAACACUCUUUGUGUCCCCCCCCUUUGACGAAGAAUGUUUUAUUUUUAUUUUUCAUGCAUGCAUUCUCAAGAGGUCUUGCCAAUCAGCCACUGACAGGAAAGGCAUCGCUGUGGACUUUCUCCAUUUUAAAAUGGUAACAAUCAGAGGAGUUUUAACAACACCUUUAGAAAUAAAAACGCUGGGAUCAAACUGGCCUGCAAAAUCAUAGUCAGUGAAUUCCUUAAAAAAAACAUACUUCCUCUGAAGGAAAAGAAAAACAUAAAAUACAAAAGACAACAUUCUAUUUAUUUAUUGAUGACCCAUGGUAAAAUGCAAAUAGAUCCGGUGUCUAAAUGCAUUCAUAUUUUUAUGACUGUUUUGUAAAUAUCUUUUGUAUAUUAUUUUUCUGCAAUAAAUAAAUAUGAUUGAAAAAUUUUAAGAACUUUAAA